AUGCGCCAUGUCCUUCACUGCAUUCGAGCAAAUGACUUUGUUCAAGCCAACAGAUUGCAGUCUCACAUGCAACUUCACCUUUUCCAACCCAAAUUCUCCUUCAUCCACAACCAGCUCCUCCAUUUGUUCGCCAAAUGCGGCAAACUUUCCUAUGCACGAGACCUGUUUGAUAAUAUGACCCACAUAGAUAUUUAUUCUUGGAAUUCCUUGCUUUCUUCUUAUGCUAAGUUGGGUUUGGUUGAGGAUUUGAGAACUGUCUUUGACCAAAUGCCUUUUCAUGAUUCCGUUUCUUAUAACACCUUGAUUGCUUAUUUUGCAACUAAUUGGCAUUCAGACAAGAUUCACGAGAGAGUUGUUAUUGUUGGUUGUGCGGAUAACACUUUUGUAUGGAAUGCUAUCACUGGUGUCUAUGCGAAGUAUGGUGAUAUUCACAGGGCACGGUGGUUCUUUGAUCGAACGACAUAUAAGAAUGUUGUUUCCUGGAAUCUGAUGAUCUCUGGAUAUGUCAAAUUAGGGAAUCAUGAUAAACAUGUGGAUGAUGCAAGGAGGAUGUUCAGUGAAAUACCUAGAAAAGAUGAGAUUUGUUGGACAAAAAUGAUAGUUGGUUAUGCACAGAAUAGAAGAGAAGAUGAUGCAUUGAUGUUGUUUGGCGACAUGCUGCAUGGAGAUGUUAGACCUGACAUUUAUACCAUUUCAAGUGUGGUCAGCUCAUGUGCCAAGCUAGCUUCUUUGUGUCAUGGUCAGGUUGUCGAUGGAAAAGUAAUAGUAAUGAGUGUUGAUCAUAGCAUGCUUGUGUCAAGUGCUCUUGUUGAUUUGUACUGCAAGUGUGCUGUUACUUUGGAUGCUUGGAGAAAUUUUGGGACAAUGCCUAUUCGAAAUAUGAUUACUUGA